UUUAGAUUCAGGAAGUCCAAGCUGCAGUUUCGGCCAGUGAAACCCUUAUUUCAGAGCAACAUGAGAGCAGCCGUUAUUCUGUUAUAUACCUGUUUGAUUGCAGAUGUGUGCGUCACCUCUGUCCAAUCGAAAAUCCUGAACGGCAUUUUGGGACAGACGAUCACUUUCCCCUCAGUGGUGAAGGAGAUUGGCUUCAUUUUCAAAAAUAAGAGUGAAAUUGCAACAGUGGCCGGUGAGAUCGAGCCCACCGAUGACCGCUAUGGCACCCGGCUGCAGUGGAACAGCAGCACUGGACUCUUCUCCCUGACUGACCUGAGGAGGGGGGACUCUGGAGAGUACGGGGUACAGCACAAGGAUGGCAAAACCGAUGACUACCAGCUGGUUGUGUGGGAUCCAGUACCCAGACCACAGGUGUCCAGCAGAAACAGGAUGAAACCCAGCUGCAGUGUGCUGUGCUCUGUGGAGAAUGGGAGAGAGGUCACCCUGUCCUGGCACAGAGAGGGGCAGACACUGUCCCACACCAGCAGCCCUAAUUUCAGCUCCCCCCUGUCCGUCCCUCUGGAGAUAGAAACGAACAGCGCCCCCUACAGCUGCGUGGCAACAAACCCUGUCAGUAAUAAGACUGUCACAGUCAGACCUGAAGAGCACUGCUUUGGAAAAUCCAAGCAACUCAGCCAGGACCUCAGAAAAAGUCCAGUUCCAAACAACUGAAGGUACCAUAAGCAUCUGAAUAAACAAUUGUAUGCAAAUAUAAAAAUCUUGGGACCACAAAGACACUGCGUCAUUCAGGAAGGAGGUACAAAUUAUCUCCCAAGGCUGAACUAACUUUUGUCUGAAAGGUUCAACUGAACCCCAAGACAACAACAAAGGAACUGGCGAAGGAGUUGGAGGCAUCAGGUACUAAAGUAUCUACAUCCACCAUUAAGAGAUUCCUAGAUCACCAUGGCCUGAAAGGCUGUCACGCAAGGAAGAAGCCCCUACUCCAAGACCGGCAUAAAAAAGCCAGAAUGAAGUUUUCAGGUGAUCACCAGGACAAAGACCCAGCCUUUUGGAGGAGUGUUCUCUGGUCAGAUGAAACAAAAAUGGAACUGUCUGGCCAUAAUGAUCAGCGCUGUGUAUGGAGGAAAAAGGAUGAGGCUUUUAAUCCGAAGAACACCAUCCCAACUGUGAAGCAUGGGGGUGGCAGCAUCUUGUUGUGGGGGUGUUUUGUUGGAAAAUAGACCUGUGCACUUCAGAAAAUAGAUGCCAUGUCAUGUGUGUAAGUGAUGCUGUACUGUAUGUCAGUGGUAAAUGGUAGGUAAAUGGAAUGCAUUUAUAUAGCGCUUUUAUCCAAAGCGCUUUACAAUUGAUGCCUCUCAUUCACCAGAGCAGUUAGGGGUUAGGUGUCUUGCUCAAGGACACUUCGACACGCCCAGGGCGGGGUUUGAACCGGCAACCCUCCAACUGCCAGACAAUCGGUCUUAGCUCCUGAGCUAUGUCGCCCCACAGUGGUGCUGUGUGUAAGUGAUGCUGUUCUGUUUGUCAUUGGUGCUGUGUGUAAGUGAUGCUGUUCUGUGUGUCAUUGGUGCUGUGUGUAAGUGAUACUGUGCUGUGUGUCAGUGAUUCUGUGUCAGUGAUGCUGUGCCUUGUGUCAGUAAUGAUACAGUAUAUGUGUUGGUGGUGCAGUUUAGUGUGUCAUUGAUGCUGUGCUGUGUGUCAGUGAGGCUGUUUGUGUGUGUGUCAGUGAUGCUCUGUGUGUCAGUUGUGCUCUGUGUCAGUGAUGCUGUGUGUGUGUCAGUUAUGAUCUGUGUCAGUGAUGCUGUGUGUGUGUGUGGCAGUGAUACUCUGUGUCAGUGAUGCUGUGUGUGUGUCAGUUAUGCUCUGUGUCAGUGAUGCUGUGUGUGUGGGUGUCAGAGGGUAAGGAGCAGCAGUCUGUAGGGAGGAGAUAAAGACACUGUAAGGAGGUGUGACACUCUCUCUCUCUCCCUCUCUUUCUCUUUCUCU